CUAUACAAAGGGAUGAAAAAUUGUUACCAGAUUUAGAUCUAGAUCUAGAUCUAUAAUCUCGAUUACGAUAGGCAAAAGUUUUAAUCAUUUUCUAAGAAUCUGUAGAUUCUUAACUGUCUAACUAAAGAGGAACUGUUGAAAAUAUAUUUUCAUAAUCUAGAUCCAUAUUCAUUUGUGGACAUUUUAAAAUCAAUUGAGUCACAAGUAAGCACACAAAUGAAGGCUGUGAUACAGAGAGUGUUAAGUGCAAGUGUUACAGUUGACAAUGAGAUUGUUGGCUCCAUAGGCAAAGGCCUCUGCGUUUUAGUGGGGAUCUCACGACAUGAUACAGAAAAAGAAAUGGAAUAUAUAGUAAGAAAAAUUUUAAACAUUAGAGUAUUCAGUGAUGAAAAAGACAAACGCUGGAUGAAAAGUGUCAUGGACAUGGGCUAUGAAGUACUUUGUGUUAGUCAGUUUACCUUGGAAUCAACCUUGAAAGGAAAUAAGCCAGAUUUUAGAUAUGCCAUGAGUCCAGAAUUGUCUCAGCCUUUUUAUAACCAGUUCUUACAGGCCUUGAAAACUCAGUACAAAGCAGACAGAAUUCAAGAUGGGAAAUUUGGUGCCUAUAUGCAAGUUGAUAUACAAAAUGAUGGUCCUGUAACUAUCCCAUUGGAAAUUAAGCCUGGGGCUCCAUCAAAGGAUACCAAAGAAGAAGACCAGCCUGAACAACCUCUUUCUUGACAAGAAGUUUGUUUUAGCGACAGAAAUAUAUUUCUAUUAAUUUGAAUGUAACAAAACAAAAAACUACUAAUUAUGUUCUGUGAACAUUAAAAAGUUAAUAAAUUACUGAAGAAACCUGAUUUUGCAUUAAAAUGUAAAUCAGUCAUUAAUUGAUUGAACAGUCUGCUGAGUUGUACAAGUAUUUUAACAGAAAAAGUGUUGUUUUUUGUUUAUUUUUUUACUUUACCUCUAUGAGAUUUCUUUAUGAAAGCUAUGUUAGCUAUUAACCAUUUGAUUUUAUGGACAACCUACACAAAAAAAAAACAGACUUAAGAUCUGUUACAGAGAAUGAAGACAAGCAAAAAAACUAUUAAGUCAACAAGUCAGUAACAAGUCACUAAAACCUGACAUGCUAGCACAACUACCAAGUGCAGUUAUAUUUUUUAGACAUUGUACUGGUUCAUUUAAUAGAUAGGUUGUUUGGUUUCUUUUUGGCCAAUAACAUGAACCUGCAUGAAUAAAGUGGAAGUUUCUUUGA